AUGGGUAAUUUCAUAAUUUCCAACUUUGGGCAACGGAACGCGACCGACAUCAAUACCAACGGAUCAAGCAGGGACUCGCUUGUCUCCGAGAGCGCGUCCAACACCAUGGCAAGUUAUCAGUCAGGCGGUGGAAGAGAAUCCCUUGUGUCUGUCAAUUCGUGUUUCGAAUACCCGCAGCAAAAUGACUCGUGGAAUAAUGGCCAGGAUUACCCGUCAGAGCAAAACACUUCUCGGAACCCGCGCUUCGAGAUAUUCGGUCAACGAUAUGAGCAGGUCCCAACACACUGGACGUCACGAGGACAGCCUAGUCACACCUUACAUCGAGAUACAUUCAAGGAAGACGAAGAAUACGACAUGUCUCUAUUGAAGGCAGCUGCUCCCCUGGGCAUGUCAAGCGGAGAUAUGACCACCACAAAUAAUGACUUCAGGGAGCCUACAACGCCAGUCUUUGACAUGACUUCAUUUUCUGGUCCUAUGGGCUCACAGAAUCAUGAUUUUAUCAAAAACCUUCAGAAGCAAGAAGCAAACGGGAAGCUCACAGGCGGGUUGGGUGCUGGCAUCAACCCAGACGCCACGAUGAAUACUCAACAACUGCUGGCAACGAGCCCUGCAAUCGAUCGAUCGUUUUCAUUUUCGCGAGCACUUUCGAUCAAAAGAAAACCUAGCGCCAGGAAAGAGAUUAGGAACUUGGGGCAGACCACUGCAAACAAAACCGGCGAGGUGAUUGAGGUGAUCAUGGAAGAACCGUCAGAUAUCGAUUUGAGCAGUAUGACAGGGCCCAACCCAGCCGGUGUUAAUCCAGAUCAUUUUCGCCAGUCAACGUUUCCCAGAGCAGACGCAAAAAAGGAAGUUUUUUAUCCACAGCCCAACUGGAAGCCUUUCACAAUGAGGUGGCCGUACCUGACCAGCAUGAUUUUGUUGUCACUCGGCCUGGCCAUCACCCAAGAAGUGCUGUAUCAACAAUCGAGAGCGGCCCCAUUAAUGAAGUUUCAAAGACCAGGAGACAUCAAUCCCUUUGACUACUUCAUACUGAAAUUCCUCCCCACGAUAGUGACAGUCACUUUCGGCGUCCUUUGGACAAUGGCAGACUUCGAAGUGAGGCGCCUGGAAGCAUUUUAUCAAAUGUCCAAGGAGGGCGGCGCACUGGCAGCAGAGUCGAUCAAUGUCGACUAUCUGACGCUGUUUAACCUCAUGAGACCGAUCCGGGCACUCCAUCGAAAGCAUUAUGCAGUGGCUGUCUCGUCGAUAAUAAGUUUGCUUGCUGUUUCCUUGGUUCCUACCUUGGGGUCCGCAGCCAUAGUGAUGAAUCCCGAUAAGACCAUCAGACACAACGAUCCUCUGGUUGAGAAGACCAUUACAAUGCAUCCAACAUUAUCCCGCCUCCUUACCUCUACAUUUUUGAUUAUAGCUAUUCUAGGUGUUGGCCUACUUCAUCAGCUGCAAAGUCGUCGAUCGGGUUUACUAGCCGACGUGAAGGGUAUCGCGGGUCUUGCUUCCAUGGCCGUGGUGAGCCACAUCAUGAUGGACUUCAAGGAUAUGGAUGUUGCCAAACCCAAAGCGAUCCACUCUCAGCUUAGGAACCACAGAUAUGUGCUGCGAAACUCUUCUUUAGCACCAGACGAUUCAUCCUCCAUGACAACGCAAGAAAAGGCUAGAUACAAGGAGGCACAUCUUUCAGAAAAUCCACAUCCAAUCAUGCUCCGCGCCGAAGGGGCAAUUCCUUUCAUCAUCGGUAUACUACUUUUUCUCGGCUUCAUAUUUGUACUUCUCUUCUCGCGGCUCAGCGAAGUCACCGACAAGGCGCCAUGGAUCGUGACGGCCCUCGCCGUGUGUAUCAAGCUCGCCUGGGAAAGUCUCGAGACUGACAUGCGCAUGAUGGAGCCCUACUACAUUUUAUCCAAGCGGCAUGCCCCGGCCAAGACGCUGACGCUCGAUUACACAGCCAUGCCCUUUGGUUGGAUAACGGUACGCGCUCUGCUGAAUCAGCACUGGCUCGUCGCCCUGGUCGGGUUCGGUACCGUGCUGGCCGAGACCCUAACCAUCUUUGUCACGUCGCUGGCAACGGUGGAAGGCAAGGACUUUGUCGACCAGAUCCGGUCCAACAUGGCGCACGGCGGCGACCAUCCUCCUCGCCACCAUGAUGAUACAAACCAGGGCGACUUUCAGUCGGGCCAGGAAACGGUGCAAUCAUUUGUCGUUUCGCUGGGCUUUGCCGUGUUUAUCCUGCUGUACAUGCUAGUGGUCGCGACCAGGGUCUUUGUCCGGCGGCGCCACCCCUUCUUGCCGCGCCAGCCCAACACCAUUGCCAGCAUCCUCGCGUUCAUGCAUCAGUCCAAGAUGCUCUACGACUUUGUCGGCACGGCCAAGCUCGGCACCGCCGAGGUGGCGCUCCGGCUCCAGGAUCUGGGCAAGACGUACGGCCUCGGUUGGUUCGAGGGCCGCGACGGCCAAACUCACUGCGGUGUUGAUGAGGAGGAGCUCUCGGGCCCCUAUAUUCAUGGCAUAGAUUUCAGCCAGGCAGCCAAGCCGUGGGAUCGGGAGUGGCAGUUAUUCUAG